AUGAAUACUACACCAAAAAUAACACAAGGCGAUUUUGAUGAUGCAAUGAAUGUGUUUGAUUGGACUAAAAUAGUAUCAUCAUUUUUUGGAAUAUGGCCUUUAAAACAAAAUAAAAUUUUGUCAACAUUUUGGCUUAUUUACUUGAUUGUAAACGAAAUAAUAUACACAACAAUAUCGUUUAUUGAACUAAUUACCAUUAAAAUACAUAUUAAUUUAUUACGAAAAAUUAUAGAAAUGGCAAAAAUUUUUUUCAUUGCUGGUUUGGGACCAAUUGCAGCUCAUUGUUUACUUGUUACAAUUGUUUGCCAUAUAAGUGGAAAAUUAUCAGUGUUAGCAGUGAAAAUAAUGAAAAUUAAUCCAAAAUCAUUUAAUUUAUAUAAUGAUGUACGAGAAAUAUUUAUUGAACAUGACAUUAUAAUAAAGUUAGUUGAAAAUAAUUAUAAUUUAUUUAUCAAUAUAUUACAACAAGUGUUUAGUGUUAUAUUAUUGUUUUAUGUGGUUGGUCCAACUUUACUAAUUUGUUUAAUUGGAUAUAAAUUAUUAAUUACAGUGGAAAAUGGUGAAAAUAUUGCCACAAUUUUAGAAUAUAUAUUGUAUAUAAUAUUUUUGUUAUUUUCAUUGUAUACUCAUUGCGUUAUCGGUGAAAGUUUAGUUAUCGAAAGUGAAAAUAUUUGUGAAGCAUAUUAUCAUUUCAGGUGGUAUGAUUUGCCUAAUAAUAUUAAAAAAUAUUUUAUUUUAGGCAUUUUAAGAUCACAAAAAUCAUUGUGUUUAACAUUUGGAGAAUUUGGUGUUUUUGAUUUGCAAACAAUGAUGCCAGUUCUACAAACAUCAAUGGGUUAUUUAUCGGUUCUUCGAUCAUUUUUGAAUCAUGAAAAAUAA